AUGGCAGAUGAAGAACCUCCACAGAAGCGCUGCAAGCUGCAGAUCGAAGCGCCCUUGCCGAAAGACUUCAAAGAAUACGGGAUCCCAACAAAUCAAUUCGUUUGGGGGCCUCACGAAGAGAGCCGUCCAGAACCUUCGUUUGACGAUGACGAGACAGCCAGGCCUCCUUCUAUCCCUGGUCCUUAUCUCACGACUCCAAGAAAGAAGCCCAAACUUUCUCUCGCACCUCGCGGUCGCACCAAUACGAAGCCUCGUCCCCUAGCUGGACGUCAAACUCGACCCAAACCCUCGCGCAGAAACAAGACGAAGCCUCCUAAGAAACGCGGCCUGCUUGAUCUUCCCGGUGAGAUUCGAGAGGAGAUUUAUCGCGGCCUCCUUGUAUCCCACAAGCCCAUUCCUGUAUACGACGGUUGGAAGAGGGUCUAUCAGCGGGAGAAACCUGGCCUGGAUAUCAGCAUUCUCAUGGUCUGCAAGAAGGUUUUCGAUGAAGCCAUCGGUGUGCUCUACGGCGAAAACACCUUUCUCUACCGCCUUCGCGAUAAGCCUACUCAAUCCCAUGUCAUCACCAAAGUUCACGAACUGGCCAGAAGCAACGCCUAUGUCCCAGAGCUCGGCCCCAGAGAGACUUACACCACCGUGUUUGGUGACGAAGACGUCCGCGCAAGAGCAGUCCAUGAAGCUGGGACUAUCGAUUUCAAGAAGUAUGCCUAUCUAUUCCGCUACAUCACCUUGCAGGCCGACCACAACCGAUACGAAUCCUACACCAUGCAGUUCAUGGCUGAUGCUAUCAAGAUGUUUGCCCAGGAACCUGGUAAGACCAACAUCCACACACUGACGAUCAUCAUGAGUCCGCAGUACAAACACGGCAACUUCACCUUUGUCAACUGGUUCGAUUCAAAAUCAGAGAUCAUCAUGGCGCUCAAGGCCGUAUGCUGCGAGAUCAUUCGUAUCAAGAUCUGGAACAAACAUCUUAACGACAAUAUCGGCCUCCCCUCUUCUCUGAUACUGCUGCGCGCCCAUCAGCUACGAUUCGUGAAACAGCUCAGGUACCAGAAGAUCCAAGAUAAGAAAUCCCAGGGAAAAGGAGUCAAGGGCAAGAAAAGAUCGCGCAGGCCCGACAUCUGGAAGGGAGAUAAGAAAAUGAGAUGGCUUCGAUACAAGCGACUUGGAGAGAUCCACAAAAGGUUGGACGGACUUCAAGCUUCUGUAGAAAAAGCCUGCAAAAAACAUCUCCAGCCACAUGUUAUGCGAAUGGGCGAUCGCGGGGAUGUAUCGGAAGACGAAGACGAAGACGACGGAGAAAACUGGGAAGCUAUUUUCCACAACGUGCUGACAGAGGACAACUCGGCGGCAGAGGACGCAGACGAUGAAUCAAGCGAAGACAAUGACUCCGAGUACGAGGAGUAA